AUGUUGGAAGAUCACAUUACCUGGCUGGAUCAAAAUGGCAUUGACCGGCAAUUGAAAGGAAAAGCUAAAUUUCUUUGGAACGAAAGUGAGGUCAAAGAACUCAACAACUACUUGAAUAGUAAGGCCAAUGCUCUUCAUUCAUUGCUCACGGCGGUACAAAGCCGCACUUCAUUCGACCGCAAUCAGCUUUUACAGAAACCUGAAAGCCAGAAAGUUUUCAGAAAGGUCGAGGAUGGCCGCUCGUCAUUGUCAGUAUUCAAAUCUAGAAGUGGUACUUCCGCAGAGACGAGUAGCUCACAUGUAGCUUUUGACUUUGACAAGGAGAUCGCUGCCACGAAUGUGCAUCGAAAUGUUACAAUACCACCAGAUGACGAGCAAUAG